CGACGCUCACGAGGAGGUAGGUCUCUCUGCAUAGAUAUCAUCUCCACAAACUAACCGGGGCACUGAUCAAGGUUGCUGGACUUGUCGCCAACGACGCCGAAAGUGCGACGAGACAAAGCCCGCCUGUAAUGUCUGCCAGAAUCGCAACUUGUCCUGUGGCGGCUAUGAGAUUCGCUUGUCAGAGUUUCACGCCGCGGAUGGCCACUCUGGGCAGAUGAAGUGCAAGAUACUAAGGGGCUCGUCACCUUCCGGCCCGCUCUCCCGUCGUUCGAUGAGACAAUCCCGCCAGACGAUGGCCGCACACCCCCCGAGGACGCUUCGAGCAAAACAGGAUAGCCUCAAGGUCACACCUGAUGCUUCCGCAGAGCCGUCUGGCAGGCAAGACGAGGCCUCACAUCUCGACCUAAUGAAUGGGACGACGCCCAGUAACGGAGAAAUCGAACCAUCGAUAACACGAGAAGCGGAGAGUCUCCCGAUGUUGGAUGGGCCCGUCUCCGAUGAAAACACCGUUUCGGCUCUUGCGGUCGUUACUUCGGAAAGCCUGCCUUAUUCCGAGCCCAGUCACGGGCAGCUCCGGACCUGGCACAGCCUUCCCCUAGAUUCGCGGUCUGGGUUAGACGCUCAAGAUCUUCUUGGGCUACACUUGAGUCCUCCUGCGGAUUUAAGCCCAUCCGCCCUUAUCGGCUUUGACUUGGAUUUUCUCGGCCCCAAUAAUAUGGAGAUAGAAAACCUAAGAGAAAAUGGCAGUAUGGAGACCAUCAACACGGAUCAGGUCACCCAUGGUACCCAUCACUUGGACGGGGAUGUCCUCCAGGACGGCUUCGCUCUUACAGAGGAGGACCGGCCAGAACUCCCUACCUCGGAAAAUGCGAACUCCCGGGCCUCUCUCUCCGCACAGCCAACACAAGGCCCGCAGCUAGACAGUUUUGACUUUAAUUCGCUUCUCCUCCAGCACUUUUUCAACGUGCUCGCUCCCAACUUCUGCCCGGCACACCCACAUCACAAUCCCUACACAACAGUCUACGGCACGUUGGCAUUCGUCUUUAGGCCCCUCCGCAACGCAGUCCUAAAAGCAGCUGCCCUCCACCUACACCACUCGGGCCAGCUCACGCUUGACCUGUCAACACGAUUUCACGACCACGCUACAGCAUCAGCAAAAGGCGCCGGAUCUACAGCCCUGCAGGGGGUUCCCAAGGCUGCAACGAUUAUGCUAUCAAUUCUUUGUGAGAUCAUAGGAUCGAGCUCGAGGGGCUGGGUCUCAAAAUUGAUACAAGCUCGCGAGCUUUUGGCUGGGUCGAACUUCCAUGACGAGCAUGCUCCCGAGCUGCAAUUUCUUCGACUGCACUUCAACUGGAUGGUCGCAAUCAGCUGGAGCAUGCGGAGUUCGGUGGUUCCUAGUGGAGAGAUGCUGCAGCUUAAAUUCAUCGCUGAAGGCGAGAAUUCACAACCGAAAAAUAGACUGUCCCGUGACCAGGUUGACUGGUUUUGUAACCUGCCCGAUUAUCGACUGUCUGCCAUCUUCUGGGACGCCACUCGCCUAUCCCGAAGACUAUACAACGAAGUGGCACAGAAUUCUCACAUAUCUCAGCAGCUCAUGCCAGAUGUGGCCGACUUGAUCCAUCGCAUAAACAUAUACUACCCAGGCUCAUCCGAUGCCACUAGCUCUCACUCCUCUUAUUCGAACAUGGUCAACAGUGGUUGGCGCAAUGGUAUCUUGUGCUACAUCUACUCAGACAUCUGUCUGUUGCCAUCCAGCGAUGCUCGCAUACAAGGGUGUGUGCAGUUCGGUUCCGAAGCCCUCGAGAAACUCCCGUGGAUCCAGCAUGUCAUAUGGCCUGCAGUCAUGACAGGUGUUCAUGCCUUGUCAGAGGCCCAUCGCAGUAUUUACACGACAGGAUUUGCUGCCAUGAGUUUUAACCUACAUUUUCUUCAAGGCCUCUCGAUCCUAGACUUCUUGGGAAAGGUGUGGGCGGAGCUCGACGCCCACCAUCCGGAAACUGCUUGUUGGAGGAGUGUUUUACACGAGACAGGAAUACAGCUCAACGUAUUCUUGUGA